AUGCGGGACGCCAGUAGAUUUAAGCGUAACAACCACAAACAGUCAAUACAUAACGACCGUUUCUAUAGAGCAAGGACCUUCAUAAUGACUACCACAGGACGUGCUACAAGAUUUUACGACAGAAUGAGGCAAGUGCUGAGCAGAUCUGAAAGACAGACGCAACAUCAUCGAUUUAGAAGAUGGAAGAACCAACAACAAGCCAAAUCAAGUUCUCCAGCCGAGAUGAACCAGACCGCUGCCUCCAUCGGCAGUCCUACUCAACAGGAUGACAAGCUUGGUUGUAUGAUGGUUGAAAUGCAUAUACAGAGUCGAGUAUCGGCCACAAAACAUUUAGCCGCCCAGGGCGAAGCAGGGCAUAAAAAGUUAGGGCGCAAAAAGCGCUCCAGCACGCGCCGUGCAACAGGUGAACGUGAAACGCAAAGCAUUAGAUCGCAAAACGAACAGAUUGUCAGUGACCUUCUGAGGACGAUUGAUGAAUAUCUAAUCAUGCACAACGGUCAGUAUUAUUAA